AUGACAGGUGGGGUGCAGCAAGGCUAUAAAGUGAGGGAGAAUCUCCCCAAGACACAGUCACCCCCUGUUUAUCUGAGACCUGUGCUGAAAUGAGAGGUGAGACUGACACACAUGGAAUGGUGUUUACUGUAGUUGACUGUUCUCUGUGGUAUGGUGCUAUGGUGGAACAUCCCUCUGGGAUAGGUGAUGAAUGAUACUCUGCUUGCAUGUGACAUUCUCAGCCAUGUUAAGUGGGAGUGUGCUUUACUGUAGCGCUCUGAAAGCACAUGACAGUGCCUUCCUUGUAUGUGAGGGUGUAUCUGUGUUGUGUUUUGUCCUCACUCCCAGGUAUCGUGCUGCUGUGUGUGUUUAGGACAGCCCUGGGACAGGUAGGACCGGGGAACUGAAACUACUCCUGGAACGGCCCGGGACAACCCUGCACCACCAGAACACUGUGUGAGAGAGAAAAUACAGAGGAAGUGUAUAUAUUUAAGUGUUUGUAAUAGUCUGUUUGAGUCUCAGUGUGUGUGUGUGUGUGUGUGGGGGUAUAGUGUAUAUGACAGACCCAGCAUCCUGUGGCUGCUGUGUGAUGCAGAGACAGGUGGGGCAGCUGUAUAAAUAUUUCAACACUACUCUGACUCAACUAGAGAAACACCUGUAGACAGCCCAGACUGCAUUGACUGACAUUAAAGGUUAGAGUCUUAUCUAUGGCCUAUAUACUGUAUCUGUGUGUUUUACUAUCAGAUUAUUGACGAUCCAAGUGCUCUAGUAGAAAGAAUCGACUGAAUCAACCCACUGGGCACAAUUCAAUGUCUAUUCGACGUUGGUUAACGUAAUUUCAUUGAAAUGACAUAGAAACAACUCUGAGAAAAUGACUAAAUCAAUUGUUCUGUUGGAGGACUGGGAGCCUCCUGACUGCACUGCAUUGUCUCCUAUUGGGUUGUUGUUCUGUCCCUCCUGAUCACUGUCUGUUGUGUUUUGUACCGUCUAGCUGUGUCUCCCUCUAUUCUGAAGAGCUAUAAAAGAGUAUGUACACCUUCAAAUAAAUCUCUGAGCAGCAAUUCAGACCAUGUGAAAUAGUUUUUUUCUCACAAACACACAGAAAUAUGUGUACGUGCAUUUGUACGUGCAUGCGCACACUCACACACACACUUUAUCAAAUUAUAUCAAAGUAGCAGGGAUUAGUAAUAUUCCAUGGGGUACUGCACACCCCAAAACACAGUAUCUGUCCCUAAUACCCUUACAAAGCCAGUCUGCCUCCUCUGCUAAGUCCCAUACAAUGACAGGUGGGGUGCAGCAAGGCUAUAAAGUGAGGGAGAAUCUCCCCAAGACACAGUCACCCCCUGUUUAUCUGAGACCUGUGCUGAAAUGAGAGGUGAGACUGACACACAUGGAAUGGUGUUUACUGUAGUUAACUGUUCUCUGUGGUAUGGUGCUAUGGUGGAACAUCCCUCUGGGAUAGGUGAUGAAUGAUAGUCUGCUUGCAUGUGACAUUCUCAGCCAUGUUAAGUGGGAGUGUGCUUUACUGUAGCGCUCUGAAAGCACAUGACAGUGCCUUCCUUGUAUUUUUUGGGUGUAUCUGUGUUGUGUUUUGUCCUCACUCCCAGGUAUCGUGCUGCUGUGUGUGUUUAGGACAGCCCUGGGACAGGUGGGACCGGGGAACUGAACCUACUCCUGGAACGGCCCGGGACAACCCUGCACCACCAGAACACUGUGUGAGAGAGAAAAUACAGAGGAAGUGUAUAUAUUUAAGUGUUUGUAAUAGUCUGUUUGAGUCUCAGUGUGUGUGUGUGUGUGUGUGUGGGUAUAGUGUAUAUGACAGACCCAGCAUCCUGUGGCUGCUGUGUGAUGCAGAGACAGGUGGGGCAGCUGUAUAAAUAUUUCAACACUACUCUGACUCAACUAGAGAAACACCUGUAGACAGCCCAGACUGCAUUGACUGACAUUAAAGGUUAGAGUCUUAUCUAUGGCCUAUAUACUGUAUCUGUGUGUUUUACUAUCAGAUUAUUGACGAUCCAAGUGCUCUAGCAGAAAGAAUCGACUGAAUCAACCCACUGGGCACAAUUCAAUGUCUAUUCGACGUUGGUUAACGUAAUUUCAUUGAAAUGACAUAGAAACAACGUUGAUUCAACCAGUGUGUGCUCAGUGGGAACUUAACUAUUGAAAUAUUACCAUUUAUAGCUUCUCUAGGUCCUACACAACUCAUCCUUCCCUGUAUAUCUCUGACCAUUAUUCCACCCUCCUUCCUCUACCUCCCUCUCUCCUCUCUCUCCUAUCUAGAGAGCCGUACAGUGUUCUUGGUGGCGUUGACACACCGGUGUCGUGCGUGGGUCCAGUGAGGAAGCAAAUCACCGUAGCAUAUGAGCACUUGUUCAUCAACCUGGGCCAGGCCUACGACGUGUCCUCAGGGGUGUUCCCCGCACCCCUCUCUGGGGUCUACAGCCUGGCCCUGACGGUGUGGAGCGAUGCAGGCUCCCCCGGGUCCUGCUGGCAGCCUGCGCCAGCCUGUACCACAACGGCCAGAGCCUGGCCAGCACCGUGCUGGCCCUGCAUCUGCAGCCUGGGGACACCAUGUCUGUCUUUCGCCCCCUGGCUGCUUCCUCUGUGAUGACCAGAGCCACUACAACAACUUCAGCAGCUUCGUGA